UUGGAGGUGUGCAGUACACAGGGAGAGCAACAACAGAGAGCUGUGGGGGUGCAGUACACAGGGAGAGCAACAACAGACAGCUGUGGGGGUGCAGUGGACAGAGUGGGUGACAGGCAGAGAGCUGUGGGUUUACAGUAGAUAGAGCGGGGGGACAGGCAGAGAGCUGUGGGUGUACAGUAGACGGAGUGGGGGACAAACAGAGAGCUGUGGGGGUGCAGUAGACAGUGGGGAACAGGCAGACACCUGUGGGUUUGCAGUAAACGGAGUGGGGAACAGGCAGAGAGCUGUGGGUGUACAGUAGACAGAGUGGGGGACAGGCAGAGAGCUGUGGGUUUACAGUAGACAGAGUAGGGGACAAACAGAGAGCUGUGGGGGUACAGUAGACAGAGUGGGAGGAGUUGCUUUCUCCUUGUGUCUCCGGUUGAGUGAGCGAUGCACUCUCCCCCUCUCACCCUGCAGCUCCAUCCCCCGGCAGGCCAGCCCCACAGCCUCAGCAGCCGGAGGAGCACCGACCCGGAGAUCUUCACCUUCGAGCCGAUCCCGGAGCACAAACCCAACCACAGGGGCAAGAGGCGGUCACUGAAGGUGCUCUAUCCGCUCUACCAGUCUCGGAAGUCCCUUCCCACCAAGAAGGACAUGGCUAAGAGGCUGUACCUGCUGCUGCUGUCCAUUGUAAUCCUGCAGGUGUACAGCGCGACCGAGCCUGGGGAAGAGGAGGCCAGUCCCAUCUCGCUGGCACAGAGGCUGGAGCCCGGCGGUGAGGAACUCUGCCCGCCCACUCAGCUGGGUUUCACGUUGGAUUCGGCUGCUGUCUGCAUCCUGGCGGUCCCGGGAGGAACUGCAGACAACACCACCAUGCAGUGGUGACCGUCUCUCUCCCCUUCCUCUCACUGAGUCAGCAGCUCGCCUGGGUUCCCCUCCCUCUGCAGCCUGAUCCCCUGGCCACACCAAAGACUUGACCAUUGUUCCCCAAGUGGGCACAUCAGUCGGGGGGACUAACUCAAGUGGCUCCCUCCACCGCCAGCAUCCAGAUGUGACUGACACGCCACCACUGCGCUUUCCCUGUUGGGACCGUGGUAGUGGUCCCUAACUUCGGGCCAGAAGGACCAGGCUCAAGUUCCAACUCCUUCAGACACGUGUCACAACGUGUCCGAACAAGUUGAUUGUAUAAUAAUUUUGUUAACCUGCCCCUCGCCGGGUGAGUGGGUGAAUUCCAACAGCUAACAAAUGAGGAAUGCGGUUCCUCAAUCUGAUGCCUGUAAAGUAUUUGGGGGUAUCUUUAACUUAAUUGCCCUCGCUGGUUCCGCAGCACUUUAUUCUUGAGCAGGGCGUGGCUCGCAAGAACUUGAAUCAGAUUGGCUUUGGGGGGAAAAAACAUCCAUCCUCUCAUGCUUCACAGAGUGACGUCUCAUCUGCAAUUAACACCCUGCUUUGUGGAGGAACUAAUUACGUUCUCAUUAGCUGAAUGGUAGCCAGUUUGAAACCUCCACUGAAUCAUGGGAGUCAAGGCAGGGUUCGACGUAAAAAGAUCAGCUGUCCCCCCCCCCCCCCCGGACCUUGUUCACCUCAAUCCCACCCCUCCGGCCAGUGCCUGUGACCACCUAUUGGCCGAUCAGCAAAUGUCUUCACGUCUGACUUCCAAGUACUUAUGGUGAGAUGGGUUGAUGACGAGCUGAUUCUAGGUGAAAACUUUGUUGAUGAUAUCUCUCCUCAGACAGAAACUAAAUGUUCCUGGCAUCAAUCAUGAUGAUGAUUCUACCCACAGUAUUGCGGUUUGCUGAUAGAAUACUGGACUUUAAUAGGAUUAGUGCUAAUGUUGCACUCCAGUGAUACGGGAAGCAAAACGGUGGAAUUUUUAUGACAGGAAAGACUUGUAAUUGGUUCAUUGAAGUGAUUUAAUUUAUUUUGCUGUAUUGUCAUAUUUAAUAUAGUGUAUUUUAUUGAACGGCCUAUUUAUUGUCUUUAAGUUUGGAUUCUACGUAUAAAUUAAUGAUGCAAAUGUUGCUCACUUGCUUGGCUUCAAACUGGAUUUUAAAAAUCCUUUUUAGUGAGUGGAGAUGUGGCGAUCUGAAAGUUGGCGAUUCAAAGUGCACUGCCACUCUCUGACUCAAGAUUCCAAUGGUCUGAAUGAAAUAACAUUCCAAUAUUUGCAAACUACCCUAGUCACCUAUAUUUCUUUUACCCCCACACUAUCACCUACCUGUGGUAGCGCUUAUAUUUCCCCCCCCCCCCCCCGACAGCACCCAUGUCAUGUGUGUGCAGGUGUGAGAUACACUGAAAGACAACAAUGUCUUCAAAUCUUUAUUCAAUUCCCACCAGGAAGAAAGGAAACAUCCAAAUGGCCAGUGACAAGCAGUGCCCUUCCCAGAGGGCAUUGCUGCAUGAUCAAACAGUGAUGGGGAGGGUGGGGAUUAAAUCAAAAUAGAGUUGGUGGGGGGAAUAAUACACUCCACUCCCUGCGGCGCCCAUCUCUCCCUGAACAACUCCAGGGUGUUGGUGGACACCGCGUGCUCCUUUUCCAGAGAGACCUGGGCUCUAACGUAACUGCGGAAGAGGGGCAGGCAGUUGGCCCUAAUGACCCCCUCCACAGCCUGCUGCCUGGACCUGUUAUGGCCAGUUUGGCCAGGCCCAGGAGCAGACCCAUGAGGAGAUCCUUUGACCUACCCUCCCUCAUCCGCACCGGGUGACGGAAGAUUAGGAGCGUGGGACUGAAGUGCAGCCAAAAACAGAGAAGGCGGUUUUUAAGAAAAUCAAAAAGGGAGUGCAAGCGCCCACACGCAAUGUGUACAUGGUCCACAGAACAAGCGGUUGGGCUGGGAGUCCAUGAACCACCGCAAUCUGCAGUUGCAGGGAGCUGUCACAUGCAGCACCCUCCAUCUCCUAGUCAUGUAUACUUGGACUUGUCCGUUUCAAUCUUUUUUGACCAGCCCUGAUGAACCUCCCCUUUUUGUGGUAAACAGUGUCUUUGUGAGUUAAAAUUGUCCCUUUUUUUUACUAUUAUUGAAACUCCUAAGAAGAAAAGAAGAAUCCAGUUUUCCUUCCACUCUUUAAUCCAAGCUUUAUUUCUUCCUGAAAUACCCACUGAGAAUGCUGGAGAAACUCAGCAAAUCUAGCAACCUCUGAAGAGAGAAAAACACCAUUAAUGUUUCGAGGCCAGUAUGACUCUUUUUCAGAGUUCAAGAUUCAUUCGCUUCCCUUUUCACUUUAUCCCUGGUUUGGCACUCUACCCACAGUAUUGCGGUUUGCUGACAGAAUACUGGACUUUAAUGGGAUUAGUUCCACUGUUCCACUUCAGUAUUCUGACAUGGAGAACAAAAUGAUGGAAUUUUAAUGACAUGGAAGACUUGUAAUUGGUUCAUUGAAGUGAUUUAAUUUAUUUUGCUGCAUUGUUAUAUUUAAUAUAAUGUAUUUUAUUGG